AUGUCUUUGUACUUCGGAAGAUGCGAGGUGCCUUUUCCUGAGUACGUCGUCUAUCCAAGGCUUCUUGAGGCAAGAGGACUGAACGUUGAAAAGUUGCUCUACAUUCAAGAUGACAUGAUUCUUAGGCUGGAGAAAAGUUCAGUGCUCGCAGACAUCUUGAUAUUCCGCGAGACCAAUGAUGAAACAACAGUCGACAAAUGUAUGGAUGGAAAAAAGCUUGGAGCAAACAUGUAUCAUGACAGAUAUCAAAUGGCAUCAGUUGCCGUGGAAGACAGAAACGGCGCAGUUGAAGUGAAAGGAAUUCUGAAUGAUGAACUAAGAAUUGCACCUCUUAGUAUCACAGCCCGAUCAGAAGAUGGGCGUAUUCCUCAUAAAAUAUACAAGGUUAAGUCUCGUUCCGAUAAGGAGAAUAAUAAUAAAGCUGGACCAGGAGUAAAAACCGAUGGAAGCAUUUUGUUUGCAGAGCUUAAGAUUUUGGUUGACAAAGAGUACAGAAAGGCUUUCAAGACCAAAGAGGAAUUAGCAGUCUACUUAGGAUUGUGUAUGGUAUUGGUUAACUUACAAUAUGAAGACACGACGGAACCAAUGGUUCAGUUUCUACUCACUACUGUAGAAGUAGCGUUGGACGACAUUCUCUACGUGUUUUAUGGAUAUGAUGUUGACUGUGGUUCCUGUUCAAAAAAAAAGUACUUAAACCCAGAGGAAACAUUGGAUUGGAUGGCUCAACUUUACGGAAGAGGUCCGGAAGAUAUUGUCGUCCUUGUCACAUCAAUGGACAUGGCGAUUAGUAUCAUGAAAUAUAUUGAAAAUUACAUAAUGGGAUUGGCGUUUAAUAAUGGUUUUUGCAGCGUAAGCGAACGCGUUGCAAUGGUGGAGGAUCAACCACACACAUACUCUUUCAUUCAACUUAUUACACACGAACUGGCUCAUACGACAUUAAGCGAAGAUUGUCUAAAAAUUAAAUCAACUCCGAAACCUACUAUGCCAGAUGCGGCUGUGCUUCCGGGGACGAAUCUGAAUAUGACUAGUUACUGCGAACAUAAACAUCCAAGCUUUUGUGACAUCACCGUACGACAGGGCAAUAUAAAACAGUGCAAAUUUGAAUGCUGCCCUGGAGGUAGAGUUAAGUGCUUUAAUAAACAACCUGGAGAUGGAGAGUCAUGCAGUCAAGCAUGGGACAUAAAUUCCGCUAUCAACUGCGAAUUCAAUUGCUGCCUGGCGGGAAACUUCAGGUGUUUUGAGGAAACCGCAGUAGAUGGAAUGCCCUGCGGUGAUGGAGAGAUGUGCUUCAGAAACAAGUGCGUCAAGCAGUGUGACCCCUUCAAAGGAAAAGAGCCGUUCACAUUGCCUGGAGAUGACUAA